UCAGGUCCCGUUUCUGCGCGCGCCAGGCCCCUCCUCCUACUCAGUGAGCGUAUACUGCUCGCGCUGAUGGCGGUCGUUGUUCUCUAAUCCUGUAGCCCGCCUGUGGCGGGAAAUGGAUAGAGAACCUGUUUACAGUAAUUCCGUGGAGAGUCAUCGAGGCGGAAGAUAGCGAACCCAGCCCAUCGAAAAUACCGCCGCCGCCACUUCGAAUUUGAGUGAAGGUCUCUAACUGUGCCUCCCCCGGGGCCUGCCCCCUUCUAGGAUGGCUCUUCUGGGAAUGCUGCUCGGGCUGCUGAUGGCUUCCUGCUUCACCUUCUGCCUCAGUCAUCAGAACCCGGAGUUUGCGCUCACCAGCCCAGAAAAGAGCAGCACCAAAGAAGCAGAGAGAAAGGAAACCACGGCAGAAGAGGAGCUGGACUCUGAGGUCCUGGAGGUGUUUCACCCAACCCAUGAGUGGCAGGCCCUUCGGCCAGGUCAGGCUGUCCCUGUAGGAUCCCAUGUACGGCUGAAUCUCCAGACGGGGGCAAGAGAAGUGAAACUCCAAGAAGAGGACAAGUUCCAAAGUAAUUUGAAAGCAUUGAAAAAAGGCAAAAGGCUGGACAUAAACGCCAACACCUACACAUCUCAGGACCUCAAGAGUGCACUGGCAAAAUUCAAGGAGGGGACAGAAGUGGAGAGUUCAAAGGAAGACAAGGCAAGACAGGCCAAGAUUAAACGGCUCUUUCGCCCCAUUGAGGAGCUGAAGAAGGACUUUGAGGAGCUGAAUGUUGUCAUUGAGACUGACAUGCAGAUCAUGGUACGGCUGAUCAACAAAUUCAAUAGUUCCAGCUCCAGCCUAGAAGAGAAGAUUGCUGCACUCUUUGAUCUUGAAUAUUAUGUCCAUCAGAUGGAUAAUGCACAGGACCUGCUUUCCUUCGGUGGUCUUCAAGUGGUGAUCAAUGGGCUGAACAGCACAGAGCCCCUGGUGAAGGAGUAUGCUGCAUUUGUGCUGGGGGCUGCCUUUUCCAGCAACCCAAAGGUCCAAGUAGAGGCCAUUGAAGGGGGAGCCCUCCAGAAGCUGCUGGUCAUCCUGGCUACGGAGCAGCCUCUCACUGCAAAGAAGAAGGUCCUGUUUGCGCUGUGCUCCCUCCUGCGACACUUCCCCUAUGCCCAGCAGCAGUUCCUGAAACUGGGGGGGCUGCAGGUCCUGAGGAGCCUAGUGCAGGCGAAGGGCACAGAGGUGCUGGCUGUGCGUGUGGUCACUCUGCUUUAUGACCUGGUCACUGAAAAGAUGUUUGCGGAGGAGGAAGCCGAGCUGACCCAGGAGACGCCCCCAGAGAAGCUGCAGCAGUAUCGCCAGGUGCACCUCCUACCAGGCCUGCGGGAGCAGGGCUGGUGUGAGAUCACUGCUCACCUCCUGGCCCUCCCUGAGCAUGAUGCCCGCGAAAAGGUGCUACAGACCCUGGGAGCCCUCCUGGCCACCUGCCGGGACCGCUACCAUCAGGACCCCCAGCUCAGCAGGACACUGGUCAGCCUUCAGGCUGAGUACCAGGCUCUGGCCACCCUGGAGCUCCAAGAUGGUGAGGAUGAGGGAUACUUUCGGGAACUGCUGGGAUCUAUCAACAGCUUGCUGAAGGAGCUGAGAUGAGAUUGCCCCUAACACCAGGACUGGACCGGGGCACUGGUGAGACUGUUGGGCACCAGCUUGGGUGGGCUCUUUAGGGGAUACCAGGCAGAAGGGAGGACUUCCUUACUGGGGCCUGAGUAUCAUCUGGGCAGUGCUGCCUUGGCCAUUAAAUGGAGGCAUGAGA